AUAAUUAAAAAAACCAUUAUUAAAAUCACACUCAAAACACUCACACUGAAACGCUCUCUCUUCCUCACUCUCUCUCUCUCUCUCUGCAAAACCCUCAAAAAAUCCAAGAAUUCUUCAAAGACUCUCUCUUUGAAGACUUGGACUUUGUUUCUCUGUGUGAAAACUGAAAAAGGGUUUUGGGUUUCUUUGCUUAGCUUUGUUGCUCUCUUGUUCUUGAGCUAAAAGAACAAGGGUGAACUAGAGCGAGUGUGUGAGUGUGAGAGAGGAAAGAGAGGUUCUUGGAGUCAAACUGUGAACUGGGUUUGAUUCAAAAUGUCGACCCAGAAUCGCCGUUCGUCGUUUUCUUCAUCAACAUCUUCUUCUUUGGCGAAGCGACAAGCCUCGUCUUCGACAUUGGAGAAUCCCGGAAAGGCCACAAUGAUUGCACCUCGCUUGGCCAAGAAGCGAGCUCCACUUAGUAACAUCACCAAUGUCAAGAAUGUGGCUCACAUUGUUUCACGGAGCUCCGUUCCCUCUUCUACUUUGAUGCCAUCUGCAACUAAAAGUGCCAAGGCAAAGAAGGCACCCUCUGCUAGCGCCGGUAGCACGGCGUUUUCCAGGACCAAUUUUCCUGCAUCCUUGAAUGUUAAAUCAAGUGUACUUGUUCCUUGUAGCAAGGUUACAUCUUUCCCUAGAAGUAAUGAAACUGUCCCUAGCACAGCUGCUGUUCCUGCAUCUUGCAGCAUGGAUGUUUCUCCAAGUAAAUCAGAUGGACUUUCAGUUUCUUUGGAUGAGACAAUGUCUACUUGUGAGUCUUACAAGAGUCCUGAAGUUGAAUACAUUGACAACAAUGAUCUUCCAGCAGUUGAUUCUAUGAACAGAAAGACAUUAAGCAACCUCUACAUUUCAGACCAUGAAGAAAAAACAGGAAAUAUCUGCAAUAGAGAUGUCCUUGCAGAGAUGGAUACAGAUGAUAAUAUUGUUAAUGUUGAUAACAAUUACAUGGAUCCACAGCUUUGUGCAACCAUUGCUUGUGAUAUUUACCAGCACUUGCGUGCCUCUGAGGCAAAGAAAAGGCCUUCCACAGACUUCAUGGACAAAAUUCAAAAGGACAUCAAUGCCAGCAUGCGUGCAAUAUUAAUUGAUUGGCUUGUGGAGGUGGCUGAAGAGUACAGGCUCGUACCUGACACAUUAUAUUUGACCGUAAACUACAUAGACCGGUAUCUUUCAGGGAAUUUGAUGAAUAGGCAACGGUUACAGUUACUUGGUGUUGCGUGCAUGAUGAUUGCCUCCAAAUAUGAGGAGAUUUGUGCACCCCAGGUAGAAGAGUUCUGUUACAUAACUGAUAACACAUAUUUCAAGGAAGAGGUUUUGCAAAUGGAAUCUGCAGUUUUGAACUACUUGAAGUUUGAAAUGACAGCACCAACAGCUAAAUGUUUCUUAAGGCGAUUUGUUCGUGCUGCUCAAGGAAUAAAUGAGAUUCCAUCAUUGCAGUUGGAGUGCUUAGCCAACUACAUUGCAGAAUUAUCUCUCUUGGAGUACAGUAUGCUUUGCUAUGCUCCAUCACUUAUAGCUGCUUCAGCAAUUUUCUUGGCCAAUUAUUUUCUUUUCCCUUCAAAGAGACCAUGGAAUUCCACCUUGCAGCAUUACACACUUUACCAGCCUUCUGAUUUGUGUGACUGUGUCAAGGAUCUUCAUCGCCUGUGCUGCGAUAGCCAUAAUUCUAGUUUACCUGCUAUCAGGGAGAAAUACAGUCAGCAUAAGUACAAAUAUGUGGCGAAGAAGUAUUGCCCCCCUACAAUACCUCCAGAGUUUUUCCACAGUUUAAGUCACUAGACAUUUGGAUUCCUGGUCCAAUGCUACAGUUGGAUAUAGACUUGACAUCAGUUCACGGAUACUAGCAGCUAGUUGGUUCCAAGCAAUGGAAUUUUUUUUCUUUUUCUUUUUCUUUUCUUCUGCCAUUUUGUAUAAUGUCUUCUUUUUCACGAUUUCAUUGUUAAUGUAGUACGUUAGUAUUUUUGUGUAAACUCCAAAUGUUGUAUGAUAUGCUUUCUUUCUUUCCCA